GGAUAUGCAAAAUUUGUCUAGUUUGCUGUUUUUAUUGCAUAUACAGAGACACAUGCCACCACUUUUUACAAAGUUUCAAACUUUUUUGUAUUGCAAAAGUUGAUGCAUAAAGAUCCCAUUAAUUGCGCUUGUUAAAUCUCUGCCUGUCCAAAAAGUUAGCUUCUGAGCAUCUCUGUGUUUAUACCAUCAUUGCAUUCCUCGACUUAAUGAGAGAAAAUGAUGUGUGGUUGAAUAUUAUGAGGAGAGAAUGGUUUGGUUGCAAUCAUGUCACUUUUUUUUUUCAAUGCCUUCUCUUUUUUUGUCUCUUGGCCUCUUGCUUUUGGUUAAAAAGAGUAAAGAACUAAAGCUUUAAUUUUUAUGGUCUCCUCAUGAGAUUGAGAAAGAGUAGACAAUGCUUUCCCUCUUGUUCUUCUCGUCACAGAGUUGAUGAGGAUGAUGUUUAUUGGAAACGAAAGAAGAGUAGUGAAGAGUUGGAAUGGUCACAUAAUUCCACUCACGUUAUUUCGCAGUUAACUCAAUGUUUUGCUAAUGCUAUGGUUGGACCACGUUCAUGGAUAGCAGGGCUCUUUACUCGCUCACCAUAUAAACGCAACGACAAAAUUCUUGACUUCUGCUUGACUCCUCAUUUGGAACGAAAACUGCAAAAACUUCAAGAACGAAUGAGAACACCUUUCGACGAGACACGCCCUGAUCAUCAAGAAGCUCUCAGAUCAUUGUGGAAUGCAGCUUUUCCAGAUAUUCCUCUGAAAGGCUUGAUCUCUGAGCAGUGGAAAGACAUGGGGUGGCAAGGUGCUAAUCCAUCAACUGACUUCAGGGGCUGUGGUUUCAUUUCUCUUGAGAACUUGCUGUUUUUUUCAAGGACUUAUCCGGCAUCUUUUCAUAGGUUAUUGUUCAAGCAGGGUGGGCAGCGAGCUACUUGGGAAUACCCAUUUGCUGUUGCUGGCAUUAAUGUUUCUUUUAUGUUGAUCCAGAUGUUGGAUUUACGGUCAGAAAAACCAAGAUGUCUUCCAGGAGUCACUUUUGUUAAAUUACUAGGAGAAGAUGAAUCUGCCUUUGAUGUACUAUUCUGUAUAGCUUUUGAAAUGAUGGAUGCUCAGUGGCUUGCUAUGCGUGCUUCUUACAUGGAGUUCAAUGUAUAUCCUCUAUCUCAGCAAAGAGGUUUUACAAGUAACAAGGACACAAUUGGAGAGGGAACUAUCUUUGGAAGAUGUUCAUCGAAUAAAAGAUUUACCAGCAUACAACCUUUUGUAUCAAUAGCAAUUUAUAGUGAGGUCCUCUUAAAAUGCCCCAAAGUACUUGUUAGGUCCGGUAGAGCAUUUCGGAGAACCCAAAGGUUUAGAUAUAAAUUCAUGUGUCGAUCUGCUGAACUGUAGAAACCAUUUUUGAACAUGUUAUCGCCAUGCUUAAUGCUAUACAAUGAGCUUCUCACAAGUUAGUGGUGCUGAGGCCGAGUCUGAUAGCGAACCCCUGUAACCAUCUGAUGAACUGCUGUUCGCGGCAAAAUUUAACUAGUGUCAACGCAGGUGGACUGCUUCUAAUUCCUA